GCACUGGUUCAUUUCGCACCUACAACGUCCUGCAAGUUGGAAUCUAUCACCGCGCAUUGAGCUUCUAUCUGUAGUGCCUUUGGGAGCCUUCAUGGAUCUAUCUGUCCAGAGGUUCGAAGCCUCGAGUUCACAUAUGAAGACAUACUGUAGUGCUGUCUUCGGAGUUCGGGGGAUAUACCCCGAGUACGUCCCGAAUGCUUAUUGUCUUCUGCGACUAGUCAGGGAAUGUGUUCCAUGCCGUGUCCGCCCUGCGAAGACGCAGCGCGCAGUGAACGUUAGAUUUCGAAGCAGAACAGCAUAUAGGCCUCGUCGUACCUCCCGAGGAUCGAGCUGUACGCUCACCAUAUGGGGGUAUUGUUGUAAAAGAGUGAACGGGGGAACUGUAUGGUGGGACCCUGUAAUAGAUUCCAAUAUUGUUGAACACAAUGUCACAUUCCUCGACGUUCCAAGCACUCCGACGCGUCUCUGCCUUUGGAGACGAUGUCACAUUUACAUUCGGCUAAGAAUGCGGCGUGUCUAUUUGGCUCAAGCAAUUACCGCCAGUACCGCCAGUACCUUCCUUGAACCUUUGGCGCAAUAGGCUAAUCUCCCUGAUCACCGGGACUCCUUCCUCAUGGAACGGGACCGCUAUCUUUCCCUCCAGUGCCCUCAGCCAAGACCUUCACGCCCCACGACUAAUUCUCUCAUUCACAAGGAUGACUUGGAUCAUUAUGUUCUUGUCGGUCCUUUAAUACUUGCAUACAGAUACACCGGGUGCUCCAUAGGAUCCGUACCACCGGAGCCAAGCGAGAAUAAAGGCUGUUCUCGAGAUUUAUCUUCAUUCUUCUGUUCGCAAUCUAUCCGCUUUAGACCCUGCAUGCCGAUUUGCAGUGUCCAAAUACAUAUCGGUUUUCAUA